CAAAGGAAGUAAAAUCAUAGUGAGCGGAAAAUUUCUGAAAUGUGUUAAAAGGCAAAAGGAAAGCAGCAUACGUUAAAGAAUUUCAAAAAAACGUAAAAGUACUCAGUUUUAUGGAUUAUUAAACAUAUGCGAGAAAAAAAUAGGAAAAAAAAAUGGAAAAUUAAACAAAGUUGAAAAUUCAAAAUUUUACUUUAAUUAACAAAAAUCUAGAAAAAGUAUUAAAAUCAAAAAAAAAAAAAUAUUAAAAUAAACAAAGAUAUUCCUCGUUAAUAUCUUAAAAGUUUUUGAACCACAAAAUCUAGAAAAAGUUAAUGGAAAAAAAUAUUAAAAUAAACAAAAAAAAAAUAUUCUUCAUUAAUGUGACAAAAGCUUUUGAACCACAUUUAAUCAAAGAAAUCAAUGUAAACAGUUCCCUAUUAAAUAUUAUGAAUAAAGGCCCCACAAUAUGCCUUGACUUUGUAUAAAAACAAGAGUGUGUGUUACCAGUAAAAGAAAAAGAUUAAAUCCCUAACUAUGAAAGUCAAAAGUCCGAAAGCCCUAACUUAAUGCGUUUUAAAGUUCAUAAUUGAGAAAAAUUUGUCUUGUGUUCCACUUCUCCUCCCCCCGUACAUUUAACCAACGUGUGCGGUGCAAAGGCCUUUUUCCCAACAAAUAAUUAAUCAUACUGGGGUUUAACUGCUUCUGUUCCUGACUGACUAGAUCCCCAAUUGGUAAUUCAUGUACACGCAUGAGAUGUGAUAGCGUUUAGGAUUUGCUGGCAAUAUUUCAGGAUCAACACAUUGACAUCUUUCGGCUGUGUGCAUGUGUGUGUGUGUGCGAGAAAGAGAGACAUCCUUUAAUUGCUUUAAGGAUUCCCCAAAUUCUUGCUAAAUAAUAAUGGCGUCUAACGAAACCGGUCCGCUUUACUGCGGAGAGAGCAUAAACAAUUUUCAUACCAAUUACAAGAAUGUACAUGGCUAUAUUUCUUUGAUUGUUUGCAUUUUGGGAACCAUAGCCAAUACUCUGAACAUCAUUGUACUGUCACGCCGGGAAAUGCGUUCGCCCACAAAUGCCAUUCUAACUGGACUUGCUGUGGCAGAUUUGGCCGUUAUGCUCGAGUACAUACCCUAUACAAUACACGACUACAUACUAGUGGAUCAUCUGACGCUGGAGCAGAAACUCAGCUAUUCCUGGGCCUGCUUUAUCAAAUUCCACUCGAUAUUUGGCCAAGUGCUGCACACCAUAUCCAUUUGGCUGACAGUGACAUUGGCAGUGUGGCGCUACAUAGCAGUGGGCUAUCCGCAGAAGAAUCGCCAGUGGUGUGACAUGCGAACUACCAUUAUUACGAUUACAUCGGCAUAUGUGGUCUGUGUGCUGGUGGUUUCGCCCUCCAUGUACCUGGUGACCUCCAUAGCAGAGUUUCGGGAUACAAUACAUGCCGAUGGCAGGGUGACCAUUGAACCCCUCACUCAAUAUGUGAUUGAUUAUCAGCACAUGGACAGGGCAGCAGCAUCGUUGACUUCAGAGGAAGCGGUAUCGGCCAAUGACACUAAUUACCCGCAAAGCUCGUUGCAAAAUGCAACUGCCAAUGAAAUAAUGCUGCUAACAAUGGCAGUGAAUUCCACCUAUACGAAUGCCAACAUCUACACGACUGCCUAUCCUCCAACUGCUGUAUCUGAUGUGGCCAUCACCACUGCAACCGCUGAGGUCACUCGCACUGUCAUCACCUAUCGAUUGUAUCACAGUGAGCUGGCAUUGCACAACAAAACACUGCAGUACACCACGUUCCUCAUCUACAGUGUGGUCAUUAAAUUGAUACCUUGCAUUGCUCUGACCAUCCUCUCGAUACGUCUGAUAAUGGCCUUGCUGGAGGCCAAACGGCGACGCAAAAUGCUCACCAGUAAUGCUGCCAAAGGCCUAAAGCCCACCAUCAAUGGCAAGGCGGGCAAGGAGACUGAGACGCCACCUCAGAAGCAGCGUAAAAACAGCAAAACAUUGGAGAAGGAAAAGCAAACGGACAGAACGACUCGCAUGCUGUUGGCCGUGUUAUUGCUUUUUCUAAUUACCGAGUUUCCUCAGGGUAUACUGGGUCUGCUCAAUACCAUAUUGGGAGAUCCCUUCUACAUGCAGUGCUAUUUGAAAUUGAGUGAUCUUAUGGAUAUUCUGGCUUUAAUCAACUCGAGCAUCAACUUCAUACUCUACUGCUCAAUGAGUCGACAAUUUCGCACAACAUUCGCACUGCUGUUUCGACCAAAGUUCUUGGAUCGAUGGCUGCCAGUGGCUCAAGAUGAGGAUGCUGUGCCCGCAUCACAUCGAGUGGGUCGACAAGUGAGCCGGGGAGCCACGAAUGGCGUUAAACGCGAUGCAGUCAGCAGAAGUUGUGUGGUUGAUCAAAAUCAAAUGACCACCACACAGGUAACAAAUGUGUAGCAAAAGGCUAAAACGCAAUUACCAAAAACUCCGGAGGCACUGCCAAUUCCGGAAGUGGAAGCUACCAGCAUGUUGGUAGAGGAAAACCAUGAAGCUGAAAUAGAAGUUAGCAUAGGUCAGUUAAUUGAUAAGACUAAUAGUAUGACUAUUGUUGAUAAUACCAAGUG